CGUCAAAAGUUGACAAGUGUUUCCACUGGUUCUCAGAGUGAAGUGAAGCAUCGAUGUUAUUACCGUGACAAUGUGUCCACGUAAUUUUGUCAACUGUUUAGAAACAAUCUCGUGAUUAGAACGGUAAACACCAAGCAAUUAAUAAUUAAAUGGAGGCAAAGCUUGAGGCUUAUAGAACGAGAAAACGUCGAGAAGCGAUGGUGGAAAAGGCGAAAAAUUCUAUAAAAGGGGUUUUGUCUUGGCAGGAACAGCCUGUGCCUUUGUUGUCCAAAAAACUUGAGGACAGAGAUGACCUGGAGAGUAUCACUUCGGAGGAGAGCAUCGACGUAUCACCACAGAGAAAUUCAACAAUUACACAAGUGAUUUAUUUCAUUUAUUUCUUACUAUGGGCAACACUCUACGUCAUAGCACUGCAAUUUGAGUUCGGCGCUGUUUACUUUAUACUCUCGGCUUUGGUAUUUAUAUGGAAAAAUACGAGGUCGGGCCCCAAGAAAAAAGGAGAGGUCAGUGCUUACUCUGUUUUCAAUCCCAACUGUGAGGCCAUUCAGGGAUCGAUUAAUAUGGAGCAAAUUGAAAGGGAGAUGGGAUGGGGAACACACAGCUGAAUUCUACAGUCAAUUGUAUAAAUAAUUCAGUACUCAAGUGGUGGAAUAAGUUAUGUCGAAUAUCAAAUUUUUAAUUAGAGAAGAGUUUUUGUGACGACUCUUCCAAACAUUGUUAAGUACUGAGAUAAUCCAACAAUCCAUGUUAAUUUCAGUGACUCAUUCUUGAAAAUUGUGAUUUGAAAAAGUAUAAGAAAUUGUUUUUUGAGUAUUGCUAAUCAACUACAAAGUUUUUCCAAGGUAAAAAUAAUUACGAACUAUGAAUGAAACUAAAUGGAAUGAAACCUUUCAUUGCAGGAAAUGAGAAAUAAUUAAUAUAGUGACUAAUUGACGUGAUUCUAUCACAUUUGGUUUAUUGAACUCCGAUUUAAGUCAUGUCCUGUAAUAUUUGAAUGACUGUAUCGAAACACGAGAGCAUUUUCCCAAGAAUCUGAAUAAUUUCUUGAUUUUUCUGUGAUUUGGCAAUUAAUGUAAUGUCAGUUUGUGAUUGAAAGUUGUCGUCAGGACACAGGAGAGCUCUUUCCACGUCUUUCAGCAAGUCGUUUGUCAUUCGCACUACUAGAGACCUAGAGACAUUCAUAAAAAACGUGAUUAUGAAUAAAUGUGUAAUAAAGUUUUUUAUUGAUAAUAAUAAAUGGAAGUUAUGGAGUUAA